GUCAAAUCGGAAUAAUAACAGGAGAGCACAUUGAUGAAUAGCAAAAUGUUGCACAUUAUCAUUGGAUUUAUCGUCAUCGUUCAACGAGCUGCUGGAGAUGAUUUAGGGUUGCUUUCCAGCACACUGCGUGCGUUUCGAACGAUUUGUUGCGACGACGAGCUGCUGAAUCUGUCGUGCCCCAUCGGGACCAGCAUCUCCGUGGAGCUCGUCCAGUAUGGCACCAAAGAAAGUAACGAAACGCUUCAAUGCGCGUACAGCGAACUGGACAGUAGCUAUUACCUUCCCGAGCCCACCACGCCCGCCCUUAGUACGAUUGACUUCUCGGUAGCUGCCCAGAUAAACGCAACGUCCAUUACGCCCACAGUAUCGACGAUCAGCACCGAGCCGGCUACGAACGAUACGCUAGCCACGAUUGAACGUCCGAAAGACAAAUGUACUCCCCUGUAUGUGUUGCAGUACUCGAUCCUGCAGACCGUCGUUGAAGCGUGCCAGAAGAAACGACGCUGUCGGAUACAGGCCACACCGAAAAACUUCGCAACAGCCCCAUGCCCGGGCAUACAUCGCAUGGUGGAGGUCAAUCACAAAUGUCGCCCAUUUGAGUUUCGCAGCCUGAUUUCGUGCGAAAAGGACAUCGUUCGGUUGACGUGUGGUCAAUACACCCGCAUAGCCAUUUACAGUGCCACCUAUGGGCGAACCGCGUACGAAAGCUCACACUGCACGCAGGCGGCUGCCUCAAAGGAACAAACAUGUCUUUCGGAGCACACCAGUCUCACGUUGACCGAGAUCUGCCAGGGCCGGCGAAAGUGCACAGUAGCGGUAGAAAGUUCAACGUUCGGGAACCCAUGUCCGGAGAACAUCCGAGUCUACCUGAAAGUAAUCUACGCUUGCGUUUCGAGGAAUGUGUUCCGUGAACGGUACAUCACACCGCUCGAGGACGACGAGCUGGACGAGCGCCCGUACGAGUCGAACGAGCUGUACGACGAAGAACUGACACCGGCUCCGAACCAGAUAGAGGGUUCCGCUGUCGGCAAGGGUGCCGGUACCAACCACAACAAGUACUCGGGCAGCGGCGAAUCAGCGGUCAAGGCGGAAAAUAUAGUCACAUUCAACAAAGACGCCGGCGACAGCUCCGAUGGAAAUGGCCAGCCAUCGCUGCUCGAUGAUGGACACCUGCUGAUCGUCGGUGUCGCGGUGCUGUUCUUCUGCUUUGUCUGCGUUUCGUUCGGUGCGCUGCUGGCAUACAAGAUGAAGCUGUUCCGGCCGAGCAGUAAUCGCUGCAUCAAGGCGUCCGAGUCAAGCGACAGCCAUUCGACACCAUCCAGCUACCGAGCGCCGAGCGAAGACUUCGAUCUGGUUGAAUGCAUGCCGGAUACGAAUACGAUGACGGAAAAGGCACCAGAGCAACCACCACCGCCACCGCAAACGUUUGUGCAACCGGUCACCGCAUCCGCCCCAGUGACGGCCAUCCCCACCAGCACCAUCCUGCCGGCGUUCAAGUUCGCCGAGCCGCGUGGUAGCCUGUCACAAAUAUCGACCACCAUGUUCAUCCUGCCGAACUACCUAAUGGCGGGCCCGCUGCCCGGUACCCUGUCCAACCGGCGGCCCAAGGACGCUGGUUCGCCGCUACCACCGGGUGACAAUCUCACCAUCACACUCGCCACCGACCGACCCGGCAGCAGCAGCAACACAACCGUCACCAGCCGGUUGGAGUCACCCAGCCCGGCAUACUAUUCGCAACAUCUGCAGCCCCAGCAUCAGCAGCAUCACGUGCCGUACGGUGUGAGCGCCUCCUGCGGCCAGUGUACCGCGCUCGGAUGGCAACCGACCGCCGGCCCCAUCUACGGUGGAAAGCUGCUCGCAGUGGAAAAUGCUGCCAGCGCCACAAACAAACCGUCACACCCGUAUCAUCGCAAUCAAUCAUUAAAAGCGUCUGCCGGUGAGCCGGAAGGGUGCACGGAUGUUGGCGAACCGGGCGAGAGCGGUGGGCCGGGCACGGGGAUGGUGGGAUCGGGGGCCACCCUAGCACAGUCGCAUCCUUUUUUAUGGCUGGGCUUGAGAAUCGGGCUGAUGUAAAGCUGUAGGGUAAAGCUGUCAAGAUCGACCUGUGCGAUAGUUUAUCGUGCAGCGUUUUAAACCUUAUUGGUGGGUCUCCAACGCGUCGCCUAUCCCAUCCUAUUCCGCUUCAAUUUCAUCAUCUUUUCCCGCCCGCUGUCCACCUCCCGUUCAACCCCGAGCUGUAGAUACUUUACAAACAUUCGGCUGUACAGAUCGGCUGCGUGGAUUCCCAUUUGUCGCCCGUCCUCUUUUAAACAAACGCCACCGCUUGACAGCUUUACCCGAGCACCCCGUAACAACUUUAUCGGCGAUUUGUCGCAAUGAAACGUAACGAAGCCUGGAUCGAAUCUUGGCGAAUCGGCAAAACCGAAACAGAAAACGGAAGACAAACAGUAAACAGAAAAUAACAUGACACUAGAGACAUAGUAACAAAUUGUGAAUUUUACCGAGGCUUGUACAAAUGGCUCUUGCCCUGUAGGACGUAUCGAAAAAAAGACGGUUCGGUAUGUUGUGUUUUUAGGACUGUGGAAAGCGUUGUGAAGCUUAACCAAGCAGAAGGUAAACUGCGUACCGAAAGCGAUCGAAUGCGGCAGAAACAAGCCGACGUGUCGCCCGUUCAGUUAUCGGCAUGUGAUUCAGUCAAGAGCAUAUUCCGCUAUGUUCUAUUAUAUAGAACGAUCAGAAUGUAAUUUUCGUAAAAUUAAAAUUGUUAUAAUUUUCUUUAAUCUCUUUGUAUAACUAUUUAUAAACCUAUAAGUAUGUUUUAUUUUGUAAAAAAGUUUUUUGGUGGAAUAACAUAGGGAUUUCGAGUUCCAGUAGCAAUUUUGGUGACAUUUCUGAGUUCUGUUCAAUUGGAAACGGAAUUUGAUGAAGCAUAUCUUGUUUUAUUCUGCAUCUUUCACUAGAUGAAAUUGACUCUGUUCAAAGCGUGCUCAAUUUGCAUAUUUGUAGGGUUUUCAAUGUGUCAAAUCGAGAAAGCUUUGGACGGAAUCGACUUUAUCCUGUAAAAGUUCCAGAUAGUAUGAAGUAUUCCAGAUCAACUUCCAGACAUUUUAGGUGCACUCCAAGAGAGUCUCCACUUUUCCACUUCAACUUGAAAACCCUGCGAAGCAAUACGAUCAGCAACAGACACUAACGUUUAUUAAGUUGUCAUUUCUAUCAAAUUGUGUUUAGUAAAAACCUUGGAGGAAACGUAAAUGUAAAGCAAACACGUGCACAGAUAUUGUAAAUAUACAAUUUAA